AUGCAAAUGACAUAAAUUGAUCUCAAAACCAUAGAAGUGUUAUCGGCUCUGCUUUUGUUCAGUUGCUUAACCUACAUAUGGUUCACUUUCAUAUCACUUAAGUUCACAAUCAUUAUUGCUCUUACAUUUUUUUCCCUUUUGGUAUUGUUCAAAAUCAGAUGGGCAAAAAUCAAGAGAAAAGGGUUCCUGAACAACGUCUCUAAUAAACUAAGGAAGAUUCUAUUGGAAAGAUCCUUAUUUGACAUCUUGUGCGAUAUAUGGUAUUUCGAGACAAUUAAGAGACAUGUAAGAGUAUUUCUAAGUCCAUUCCUUAUUAAAAAAUCUCCAGAAGAGAUCAUUGAAUCAUUUGAAGAUAUCAAUCCUUAAUUGAAGGAAGCAAUUCUGAGAAAGGGAACGAUUAAUUUGUUUCCAGAACCAAUUAAAAGGGAAUUGGUGGAGAACUAUAUACAAGAGGAAGAUGAAUUAUAGAUUAAUCAGGACAAACAAAUGCAUUAAUAAAUAAUACAGCAACCAGUAAAGGUUGAACAUUGGGAUAGAUAUGGAGAUUAUGAAGAAUAUACCUAGAGAAAAAGGAAAAAUAACUCGCAAACCUUGUUGCAUGUCGUUUCGUUGUUGUUGCAUAAACCAAUAGUGCAUAAGGAAAGUCAUAAAUUGAAUCUAAGAAAGUAUUAUGAUUUCAACAAUUUUGUAGAUUAUCUAACAAAACUAAAUCCUUAUUGCUUGGAUCAAUCGUUUGCAUUGUGAUUCAGAUGUAUUUGUAGAAAUCAUCAAGAAGAAUCUAUCAAAAGGCCUUCACAUACUUAUCAUCGAUGUCUUUGUUGGCACUAGCGACCACUGCGUUGGGAGUGAUUGCUUUAAGUAAUAAAAAGUAAAAAACAUUAUGA